CUAGUACCCUUACACUUUCCGUCUGGUACACGCCCCAGCACCUAAAUUUCCACACUGGACCCCCACCUUUACCCUCGGCCCCCUGUAACGUCAGGCAGCGCCCUCUUUUUCUCUCCCUUUAAAUAGGGAUAACAUGGAACCGACAACCUGCCCCAGAGAAAUUACUGAUUAUGAUGCAGAGAUGGAGCAAAAGGAAGGACAGCUCUCUGAGGAUGGGGCCCCUGUGUCCCCCACUGGAAAGGACCCCAGGACACAAGGAGUUGAAACCCCUGCAGAAAAGACGAAAGGCACAACAGGGAAGAGCGUCAAUGAGGGGCAUCCAGACGAGACAGGAACGCAGGAAAAAGGCGAGGCUGGCAUUUCAGCAGAACUCCAGGGGGAAGCAAAUGGGUUAGAUGAGGUCAAGGUGGAAUCCCAGAGGGAGGCUGGUGGGAAAGAGGAUGGUGAGGCUGAACUUACAGGGGAGGAUGGCAAGAAGAAGGAAGAGCCCACAGGGGCUUCUCAGCAGAUGACUGACAGGAAAGAAGAAACCAAAUCCGAACCCAAGGAGGCUGAGGGAAAGGAGGAGGGCACUUUGGCCUCCGAGAAGCCGAAGGCUGAUGGGAAAGAGGCCAAGGCUGAAUCUGGGGAGGAGGCCAAGGCCGAUGACAAAGACAAGCCUGAACCCCAGGUGGCUGGUGGGGAGGAUGAGGCUGAGAUGGCUUCUCAAGAGGAGAGCCAGAAGACAGAGGAGCCCAUGGCCAAACCCCAGGAGAAAACCGCCCAUCAAGAGGCCAAGACUGAAUCUGAGAAGGCUGCCAUGAAAGACGAGGCUCAGGCUGAAGCUCAGGAGGCCGGAGGGGAAGAAGAGGCCAAAAGUGAUGCCAAGGAGGGUGUGGUGAGUGGGGCAGGAGAGAGGAAAAGGGAGGCCCCCCAACAGAGCUAUGGGGAGCCAGGCAGUCCCAGUGAAGAGCAGGGGCAAGAUGUGGAGAAAGAGUCAGAGGGAGGGGCAGAGGUGACUCCCAGCUCCCCUGAGGAGUGGCCUGAGAGCCCCACAGAGGAAGGGCAUGGCCUCAGCCCAGAUGAGUUGGGUCCAGACUCUACAGCUUCUGGACAGACCGGUCCUUCAGCCAGCGAGUCUUCACCCAGUGAUGCGCCCCAGAGCCCUCCUGAGCCCCCUCCCACCGAAAAGAAGAAGGAGAAGGCACCAGAGCGGAGGGUGUCAGCUCCUGCCCGGCCCCGGGGGCCCCGUGCUCAGAACCGCAAAGCCAUCAUGGACAAGUUUGGCGGGGCAGCCUCGGGCCCCACAGCCCUGUUCCGAAACACUAAGGCAGCCGGGGCAGCCAUUGGCGGAGUCAAGAACAUGCUCUUGGAGUGGUGUCGGGCCAUGACAAGAAACUACGAGCAUGUGGAUAUCCAGAACUUCUCCUCCAGCUGGAGCAGCGGCAUGGCCUUCUGCGCCCUCAUCCACAAGUUCUUCCCCGAUGCCUUUGACUAUGCUGAGCUGGACCCCACAAAGCGCCGGCACAACUUCACCCUGGCCUUCUCCACAGCAGAGAAACUGGCUGACUGUGCCCAGCUGCUGGAAGUGGAUGACAUGGUGAGGCUGGCAGUGCCCGACUCCAAGUGUGUCUACACCUACAUCCAGGAGCUGUACCGCAGCCUCGUGCAGAAAGGACUGGUGAAGACCAAGAAAAAAUGA